AUGGCAUCUCACUUGCGACUGAUGGAAGCAGUGCAGGUCCACUCAUGUGCAAUUAAACUCAGCUUUUGCUCUGAUCCAUUCAUCACUAAUUCCUUGUUAGAGUUGUAUGCAAAGUGUGGCUUAAUUGACAAUGCAUUGGUAUUGUUUGAGGAGAUUCAAGAUAAGGAUGUUUUUGCAUGGACAACAAUUGUUACUGGUCUGUCACAGAGUGGACAUGUGGAUGAAGCCAUGUGGCUCCUUUAUGAAAUGCAGUUGGCUGACGUGGAACCGAAUUCCUUCACCUUUGGCGGCAUGCUUGGUGCCUGCGCUGCAAGAAACACCUUGCAAAGAGGAAGACAACUCCAUGGUGUUGCUAUAAAGUAUGGAUUUGAAAACAAUUUGGUGGUGGGGAGUGCAAUUUCAGAUAUGUAUUCUAAAUGCGGUGAAAUGCAACAUGCAUUCAUGAUGUUUCAAAGCAUGCCUCAGAGAGAUAUAAUUGUAUGGAAUGGAAUUAUAGGCGGGUUUGCUCAAAAUGGAGAAGCAAUGAAAGCCAUGAAACUUUAUAACAUGAUGGUGCAAUUAGGACCUUCUGUUAUUUCUCCAAACGAUGUGACUUUUGUGGGUGUGCUUAGUGCAUGUAGUCACAGGGGUCUGGUACAAGAGGGCUGUCGCUACUUCAAUGACAUGAUUCAUAAGUAUAUGAUCAAACCCAAAAUCGAGCAUUAUACAUGUAUGGUUGACUUGCUUGGAAGAUCAGGGCUGCUUGAGGAAGCCGAGGCUCUUCUUCUGCAAAUGCCUUUCAAAGCUGAUGCUGUAAUGUGGAGCACGCUACUGGGAGCCUGCAAGCUGCAUGGGAAUUUAACAAUGGCGAAGCGCAUUUCUGGAGAUCUUCACACAGCAGGACCUUGGAAUUCCUCAAAUUAUGUGCUUCUUGCCAAUUCAUACGCUUUUAUGGGUGAAUGGAGUGAAACAUUAGAGAUUAGGGAAAUGGGCAAUUCAAAGGGAUUGAAGAAGAGUUUGGGAUGCAGUUGGAUUGAAGCUGGAGGUCACAUGCACUCAUUUAUUUCUGGGGAUAAAUCUUAUCCCCUGAUUGAAAGAGUUUAUUCAGUUUUGAAGUCCAUAUACAUUCAGAUGUCUGAUAAGGCACGAAAGAAUGUUUAA